GUCUGUGGGCGGGUGGGUGAGUCUGUGUGUGUGUGUGUGAGUGUGAAUGUCGCGUGCGUAAGUGUGAGUAAAAGGGAAUAAAAAGAUGUUCAACCACAGGUAGGCAUGAUACAGGGGUUUGAGACGACGAGGAUCACAUUCUCAAGAAACAGCCCUGACUGCACGGUUAGGGUUAACUCCUGUAAGACUUCGCUCCCGCGCGCUCAUAACGUGCUGUCAUCCUAUGAUACAACAACCCACCUAAGCUCAUCCACAAUUCCCAUUGAGUGUGUCCAACAGCAGAAGGGUCCAACAGGGUCACUCAUACAGCGAUGACGAGAGUCAGCCUCUUCAUUCUUCUCCUCUCGGGAGUCACCCUACUGCCUAGCUAUUGCAGACAGACUCAGGAAGAGGGAGCAACAAAAGCAGACUCAAGGACUGUCCUGGGGUGUAAGGGAGACAAUCUGACCCUGCACAAACCCGACAUCGGAGUUACUGUUCUUUUUACUUCUGUAUUUCGAGGGGAAAACUCCCUGGCAAAUUCGUUUAUAGCGGCAUCUGGAGAGUUUCAUGACCGAUUGGCCGUGGAAAUGGACGGAAGAGUGAUCCUCAGCAAUCUGAUUCCCGACGACUUUGGGAAAUACCGUGUGGAGGUCCAACUGUCCAAAAGCAGACAGAUCCAGCACAGCUUGAGAUUAGUGAUCAGCGAACCACCAGAAACUAAAUACGGGACGUUACUCGUGACCAAUAUUCCAACAUCGGGGAACAACUCUGUACGUCUGACAUGUGGCAACUUCACGUCUCUGGGUUUUCCCCCUGUGUCUGUUAUAUGGAAGGAUCCACGCGGUGACAUGUUACCCAAUGAUGGAUUUGAAGACCAAGCCUUCUACCUGGAUUUACCUUUGAGUAGUGCGGUGUCCGGCGACUACUGUUGUCAGCUGGACUGUCGCGCCCCCGACUAUUGCUGUCUGGACCCGCAGUCGCCACUCAGACAGUGCGCGCCGGUGCACGUGCAGACGGACACGGUAGAGGAGGUCAAGAAGGUGGACUGUCCCUCUCUAGACAGCUUCUCUCGUCUUCAGCAGCAAGUCCUGGACCUGGUGAUGGCACAGCGCGAGCUGCAAGAGUCUGAGAGUCAGAGCGGGGUGGCCACGAUAGCGCAACUGGUGCAGCGACAAGCCAAGUGUGACCAGCUCGACGUUUACAUGACCAGAGUUGAGGACCUGGAGGACAAGCUAAAAAUAGGCCUAGAUGCUGCUAUGAACAAAGCACUGAUUUCGGACGAGAGGUGGAGACAGGGCUGAUAAAUCUGCAGGAGAUAU